AACAUUUCCAUGGCGUGAGAGAGUUAAAAACGUUUUAGGAACUCCCAACUUAACAAAAUGGAAACAGAGGGACAAAUCACAUGGCACUAACACACACAAACUCAACGAGAGAGAGAGAGAGAGAGAGAGAGAGAGAGCUUAACCUCAAUUGCACACCGUUUACGCUCUCAUUUUCACUUUCUUAAUUAGGGUUCUCUUGUAUCUCUGAUCUCCAAUCUCUCUUUUCUUUAGCUGCUGUGGCCUGUAACUCUGUUUUUACUCUGUUUCUGUAAGAAAAUUCAUCUGGGUCGCUUUUAGUUUUCGGAAUUGAGGUGGGUUUUUCUGGGUGUUUGUGAUCUGGGUCUCUUUGAGUGAUCUGGGUCUGAGAUGGAGGAGACUCGGCUGUGCCAGUGGAGCGUCAUUCGAUCUCUUUUGGCAAUUCUUCAAUGGUGGGGUUUCAAUGUCACCGUGAUUGUUAUGAACAAGUGGAUCUUUCAGAAACUGGAUUUUAAGUUUCCUCUAACGGUAUCGUGUAUUCAUUUUAUAUGCUCGGCCAUUGGAGCAUACACAGUAAUCAAAAUUUUGAAGCUUAAACCACUAAUAACAGUUGAGCCUGAAGAUCGAUGGAGAAGGAUAUUUCCCAUGUCGUUUGUAUUCUGUAUUAACAUAGUGUUGGGGAAUGUGAGCUUACGUUACAUUCCAGUUUCUUUUAUGCAGACAAUAAAGUCAUUCACUCCUGCGACCACAGUUGUUUUGCAGUGGCUGGUUUGGAGAAAGUACUUUGACUGGCGAAUUUGGUGUUCUUUGAUACCAAUUGUUGGAGGAAUUCUUCUUACUUCUGUUACAGAGCUUAGUUUCAAUAUGUUGGGAUUUUGUGCUGCCUUGUUUGGUUGUCUGGCUACUUCCACAAAGACCAUCCUUGCAGAAUCUCUGUUGCAUGGAUACAAGUUUGACAGCAUAAACACGGUCUACUACAUGGCACCUUUUGCAACCAUGAUCUUGGCUGUACCUGCAGUAGUACUUGAAGGUAAUGGGGUUAUUGAAUGGCUUCACACUCAUCAGACUCUUGUUCCAUCCCUCAUUAUUAUAUUCAGCUCUGGGGUGCUGGCAUUCUGUCUCAACUUCUCCAUCUUUUAUGUGAUUCAUUCCACGACUGCCGUAACAUUCAAUGUUGCUGGAAACCUCAAGGUUGCCGUUGCUGUCCUUGUUUCAUGGAUGAUAUUCAAAAACCCAAUUCCAGCUUUGAACGCUGUCGGAUGUGGAAUAACACUUGUGGGAUGUACAUUCUAUGGGUACGUGAGGCACCUGCUCUCCCAACAGCUGCCUGGAACUCCUCGAACACCCCGGACUCCACGGGGUCGGAUGGAGCUGCUUCCCCUUGUAAAUGAUAAAUUAGAUGAUAAGGUCUAAUGAUUCAAAUCAUGAAUGAGGUUCCUGGCAGUUGGAAAAACAAUUUAUAGGAAACAUCAGUACACAGAACUUACUAUUCAUUUCUUUGCUAUGUAAUCCUGCUUCAGAUUGCUUCAAAUUUUUAAUAUAUGGUUUUUUGCCCCCUGCCAAA